AUGUGCAACACCAGACUUAAACGUAACCAAAACAGCUACAACAACAACCCCUGGUCCAAGUGCAACACCAGGCUCAACAACAUCUGCAGCACCCACGAGACCAAUAACCAGUCCAGAAACAACACAAAGUCCAACACCAACCACCAAAGUCACCACAACAACCGCCAGUCCAUGUGCAACACCAGACUUAAACGUAACCACAACAGCUACAACAACAACCCCGGGUCCAAGUGCAACACCAAACUCAACAUCUGCAGCACCCACGAGGCCAACAAUCAGUCCAGAAACAACACACGCUUGCACACCAACCACCAAAGUCGCCACAACAACCGCCAGUCCAUGUGCAACACCAGACUUAAACGUAAACACAACAGCUACAACAACAACCUUGGGUCCAAGUACAACAUCAAGCUCAACAACAUCUGCAGCACCCAUAAGACCAACAACCAGUCCAGAAACAACACAAGCUUCCACACUAACCACCAAAGUCACCACAACAACCGCCAGUCCAUGUGCAACACCAGACUUAAACGUAACCACAACAGCUACAACAACAACCCCGGGUCCAAGCGGAACACCAAGCUCAACAACAUCCGCAGCACCCACGAGACCAACAACCAGUCCAGAAAGAACACAAGCUUCCACACCAACCACCAAACUCACAACAGGAACCACCAGUCCAUGUGCAACACCAGACUUAAACGUAACCACAACAGCUACAACAACAAGCCCGGGUCCAAGUUCAACACCAAGCUCAACAACAUCUGCAGCACCCACGAGACCAACAACCAGUCCAGAAAGAACACAAGCUUCCACACCAACCACCAAACUCACAACAGUAACCACCAGUCCAUGUGCAACACCAGACUUAAACGUAACCACAACAGCUACAACAACAACCCCGGGUCCAAGUCCAACACCAAGCUCAACAACAUCUGCAGCACCCACGAGACCAACAACCAGUCCAGAAAGAACACAAGCUUCCACACCAACCACCAAACUCACAACAGUAACCACCAGUCCAUGUGCAACACCAGACUUAAACGUAACCACAACAGCUACAACAACAAGCCCGGGUCCAAGUCCAACACCAAGCUCAACAACAUCUGCAGCACCCACGAGACUAACAACCAGUCCAGAAACAACACAAGCUUCCACACCAACAACCAAACUCACAACAGUAACCACCAGUCCAUGUGCAACACCAGACUUAAACGUAACCACAACAGCUACAACAACAACCCCGGGUCCAAGUCCAACACCAGGCUCAACAACAACGGGGUCAAGAUUAACACCAAGACCAACAAAUUUCCAAACGGCAAAGUCUGCCACAGCGCUGAAGACACGACGGGUGACGUUCCGAUCGGCGGGAGAGCAAUUCACUUGGAAACUGACAAAUUCAUCUUCGGCAGAAUUUAUGAUUCGAGCCACCACAAUCCAGACAACGUUUUGGCUCCGUCAUCAACAACGUGGACUUGAACUGUCCGUUUAGCUCGGUGCCCAACCACAGCGCCAUCGCAGACAUUUUGGUGGACGCCGCACCCCACAUCACGGCUUUUGACGUGGACCCCUCGUAUA